GAUGUACUCACAGUCAAGAUUCGUUUGCUGUCACCUUGGUAACGGGAUUAAUAAGUGUAUUUAUUGAUAAAUUGACACAAAACCUCGUUGACUCACACUAAUAAUAUAUCGAAAACCAUCACGAUGGCUGAACGACUCUUAACUACAACCUACCGCUUUGAAAUAUUCAACCCCAAUAGCAAGAUGCUGAAAAAGGCAAUGCAAAGUCAGAACACACGCAUACAGAUGGAUGAAUUAAUAGCCUCGCGAACUAGCGAAGAAGCCACAUUUGCAAAAGAUUUUAAUCGAUCUGUGUGGCUUUCCAAUCUAGAUGAGAAAAGUGAAAAACGACGUGAAAAGAAUGAGAAGUCGUUGAUUCAAGGUGAAUUGGAAUGUGUCAACAAAGAGAUAGUAUUGGUUAGACGAGCAAAAUUGAAAGCCAUGUUAGAGGAAGAAAAAAAGCAACAAGAAAAAGAGCUGAAUGAAAUGGGGAAAGCAUUCUAUAUAAAAAGAGUUUAAUAACUAGUAUUUGAUAAUUUAUUAUCAAAAGAAACACGCGUUUAUAGGCCCACAAUGACCGCUAAUGUUGCGUACUUUUUUGUACUCGUUGCGGCCUCUUCUAAGUGAAGAUAAGUAUUAUCUAAUUAUUUUAGAGAAGAAAUGUUGAGCAAGAGAAAAAUUCUAAGAUGUACUUCAUAACUAUUAAAAGAAUUAGAAAUGAUA